CAGAUGUGUUCUUCUCAACUGCCGUUGUUGGGGAUUCAUUCAUUUAACUGAUGCAGGCGGUGUUUUCAUAGCCCAACCCUGACGUCAUGAGGCUGGUAUUGGUGAAAACGGCCAAUGAGGCGGGCCGGCUCGAUUCUACAGGGGCUUUUCACGAUGAAGGGGUUCUGGAGCAAUACCACGCAGGCGAGCAGCAGGACGGAGCUGUAGAGGGGAUGCAGCAUCGGCACCCGGGAGCUGUCUUUCAGCACCACCCUCUCAGCCAGCAGCCCAGCAGCGUCAACAGCAGUGCUAGUCAUCCCCAGAAACCGCCGAGCCAAGAGGGCUCAGGCGCUUCGGUGCAGAACCGCAUCCCUCUCAGCAACUGUCCUCCUCCGCCGCUGUUCAGGCAGGGCUCCGCCGCCUUCUUGCAACAGAACCAACAAGAACCUUCCAGCUCGAACCCUUUCACCCAGCCAGGUACUAUCCCUCCUUAUUACAGAUUGCCACCACCACCACCACCAACAAGAAGAAACCACGUAACCGGGCAGCGAGCGCAAAAUCAAAACCAAGCCUGCUGCUUUUCUGUCCAACCCCUUCCUCUGCAACAAAAUCGAGGGGCCGCUACCACCACCGCCGCAGCCGGUGUCACUUCAGAGCAGAAGCAGCACUUCUAUCAGAGCCACUGUUACAGCAACUGCGGUUAUUCCAGGCAAGCGAGCCCGAACCAACACCAGAACCACCUCCCGCAACUGUCUACAACAGCAGCAACAACACCUCCGAUUCUACAGCAUCAGAAUUCGAAUCGGGGGGACCAUUUGCAAAACGCCAGCAAUUACCAGCGGCAGCAGCACCCGAGCAGCAGCGUCUGCCGCAGAAGAGAAGGAGGGUUAGGGGAGCAGAACCGUUUGCAGCAGCAACCUCAGCAUCACAAUCAGUCCAACCUACAUCAGCACCCCUCCUAUUGCCUAGCAGCACCACAAGAGCAGAAUCUAGAGCAGCAGAGCAAGGACAGCGGUCCAUUGGAGGUAAAGCGGCAGUUCUAUUUAUUUCAGCAGCAGCCCCGAGAUUGGCAGCCACCGCCACCUCUACUGCAGCAGCGACAACAGCAGCUAGGGAGCAGCCAGUAUAACAACUACUGCACCGACGGAUCAGGGGGAGAGGAUAUAAAUCUACUACUACAGCUGCAAGAGCAAGAACAGCCACACUUGUUCCAGCAACCGCAGCCUCCGCAGCACUGUGACAACUACAGCAAGAAACCAGGGGAGAAAAAUCAAUUGGAGCGGCACUGCUGCCAGUACCCCCAACAAGACAAACAGCCGAAUAGCCACCGCCAAGAACCGAGCCGCCCGCUCUUUGGAAACUUGUCCGGCGGCAGCAGCAGCAGCAGCGGCGGCAGCGACAACGAACGCAGCCUGUCCUACUCCUCAAACACCUGCCUGUGGCGGCAGCAGCACCAAGAAGGAAACCAGAUCCGAACUGAGCAACAGCAGGUAAAUGCUGAGCCCAAGAAGCUAAGCCAUGCUGGAUCCAAGCCCUCCGUCUGCGACAGUAGUAACCCACUCCCCGAGAUAGCCAUGAACAGCUGCAAGUACAAUGGGGGCGUGGUGAGACCCCUGGGCAGCCUGGGCUCGUCGCGGCGCAACCUUGCCGAGCUGGACUCGGAGACGCAGCCCCUGCAGACGCUGCACAGCUCCGGCCUGGAGGUGGUGGUCUCCAAGGGCAAUGGCGAGGACCCCGGCAAGGUGUCCAGUGACAGCCUGUCCCGCGACGGAGGGGGCGCGCCGCAGAAGAAGAACAAGGACAUCGGGCAAAAGCUGGGCCACCGCAGGGCGCUGUUCGAGAAGCGUAAACGGCUCAGUGACUACGCUUUAAUCUUCGGGAUGUUUGGGAUCGUCGUCAUGGUGACCGAGACGGAACUUUCCUGGGGGGUGUACACCAAGGAAUCCUCAUAUUCAUUUGCACUGAAAUGCCUUAUCAGCCUUUCCACUGUUAUAUUGCUUGGUCUCAUUAUAAUGUACCACGCCCGAGAGAUCCAGCUCUUCAUGGUGGACAAUGGGGCGGACGACUGGAGAAUAGCCAUGACGUACGAGCGAAUAUUUUUCAUCGUUCUGGAGCUUCUGGUGUGCGCCAUCCACCCAAUCCCAGGGCAGUACGUCUUCACGUGGACGGCACGCCUGGCCUUCACCUACACGCCCUCGGUGGCUGACGCAGAUGUGGACAUUAUACUCUCCAUCCCCAUGUUCAUGCGCCUCUACCUGAUCGGGCGAGUCAUGCUGCUGCACAGCAAGCUCUUCACCGACGCCUCGUCGCGGAGCAUCGGCGCGCUGAACAAGAUCAACUUCAACACGCGCUUCGUCAUGAAGACCCUCAUGACCAUCUGCCCCGGGACCGUGCUGCUGGUGUUCAGCAUCUCCUCCUGGAUCAUCGCUGCCUGGACCGUGCGCGUCUGCGAGAGGUAUCAUGACAAACAGGAAGUGACUAGUAACUUCCUGGGAGCCAUGUGGCUAAUUUCAAUAACCUUCCUCUCGAUUGGCUACGGAGACAUGGUGCCUCACACUUACUGCGGGAAGGGUGUCUGUCUGCUGACAGGGAUCAUGGGGGCCGGCUGCACAGCGCUGGUGGUUGCCGUGGUUGCCAGGAAGCUGGAGUUGACCAAGGCUGAGAAACACGUCCACAACUUCAUGAUGGACACGCAGCUCUGCAAGCGGGUAAAAAACACGGCUGCAAAUGUACUCAGGGAAACGUGGCUCAUCUACAAAUACACAAAACUGGUGAAGAAGAUUGACCACGCCAGGGUGCGCAAACACCAGCGCAAGUUCCUGCAAGCUAUCCACCAAGCUCAGAAACUGCGCAGUGUCAAAAUGGAACAGAGGAAGCUGAACGACCAGGCAAACAGUUUGGUGGACUUGGCGAAGACGCAGAACGUGAUGUACGACCUGGUGUCGGAGCUGCAGGAGCGCAGCGAGGACCUGGACAAGCGCAUCGGAACGAUAGAGGACAAGCUGGACUCCAUCACGGGCAGCCUGCAGGCCCUGCCUGGCCUCCUCAGCCAAGCCAUAACACAGCAGCAACGUGACUUCCUAGACGGCUUUGCGCAACGCUUCAGGCCGGCUUCGCUGGGGUCCGAGAGGUCCUGGACCCCCACUAGGCACCGGCGCUCGCCCUCCACCGCGCCACACACCUCCUCUGACAGCGGGUAACCAACCACCGGGACGACAGCAGCGACUGAAAAACAAGCGAUCCAGACUGGAAUAAAAAAAAAAAAAAAACAGUGAAGAAUAUGGUUUAUGUUUAGCCAUUGUAUGGCUGUUCAAGUUAGCUUUUUUGUAAAGCCCUUGUAUAGUUACUGACUGAGUUCAGGGUGCUGGGGUGGAGCUGGCUAUCACACCGGAUGAACCCUAAAAUAAAAAAACUGUACAAUGCCAAGGUUAGGCGCUGAGGCUGCCCCACAAGGGGGGAGCUCCUUGGCUGGCACAGGAAGCAGAGAGCACAGAUACGGGAUAAGAACCUGGAUCCAGGUGCUACAGACUUCCUUCCUCCCUGCUCCUCCCUGUCAGGGUUCUUCUCUACGCAGGAAGGAGGCAGCAAGCCACACCCACAGAGGACGUGCUUUUCCUACAGAAUUGAGAAACAGACCCCGCCCCCUUGCAUGUUUCAGUGCACCUGGGGGCGGGGUUUACCCCUACAAAGCUUUGUCCCUUGGGGGAGAGGGUGGUGGUGCGGGCAUCCUUUUCUAUUUACAGAAUUUCAGUGCAAUUUUGUAUCCAUUUAACGAGGAUAAAAGAAAAUAGGAUUUACAUGCAUCUCCUUUUUAGCAGGGUCCCGACAGCAGAAAGCAGUGACUAUAUUAAAAAAAAACACACUUCUCUAAUACAAGAAUAAACACUAACAUUAUCAAGGGUGGCCCUAUAGCUCAGAUACACACAGCACCUGGUAGGAGAGAGUGACUAAGUUUAUUUACCAGAAGCUGACAAGUAGCUGCUACAGAUAUCCAAGCUAGUGAACAUGGUGUACUGUCCUAUUGAAAUCUUAAUUUUCGGGAUAUGUAAAGUAUUGUUUUAAACUGUGGCCCUUAAAUAAGGCGCACAUAUUAAGCCCAGCCCAGGAACAAAAAAAAGGCCCAAUCCCCAUACAUACCAGUAGAAGUGGAUGGGUUUACUAAUAACAAACUCUGCCAAAUGGGGAGGAGUUUCCUUACAGAAAUUAUCAACAGACCCCUCCCACUUGUUCAAAGGGUGUGGCUUAUUCACACGAAGAUAGAAGGGAGGGGCUAAGAACUUCUCUUUCCAAUCUAAGUGGUAAAGAAUAAACAGAAAUGUCCCUUUUUUAAAUAAAUCAAAAUAUUUGCUCUUAUUUUACCAGAAUAAUAAGAACUCUUAUGCAAACACGUGCUCAAUAAGUAACAAAAAGAUAAUAAUAAUAAUAAUAAUAAUAAUAAUAAUAAUAAUAAUAAUAAUAAUAAUAAUAAUAAUAAUAAUAAUAAUACCCAGUGCUCCAGAUAAGGUUUUGAGUCGUUGAGUAAUUUAUUCUCCAGUUUAAACUCUAUGUGCGUAAAUUGUAUUUUGGGUGUGUAAAAUGUAAAUUACAGUACCUGCUUUAAUGCUAGCUUAUGGGGUAUUCAUUACCAUUAACCAAAGCCUUGCAUUUUAACUGUAAUGCUAAUUUAAACUACUGUACAAAAACUUUGUCUUAUUGAUUCCUCCUUUAGUCCUGCCUUAAUAAUAUUAGUACUGUUAUAGUCUGAGAAGUUGCUGCUCCAACAGAGAAUAUUAUAUAUAUAUAUAUAUAUAUAUAUAUAUAUAUA